AUGCGCAUACUCACCGGAGUUUCUCCGACGUUCGAAUUCGUACCUCUCUCCGUUGUCUCCUUCGGAUCCACCGUAAUCGCCGAGGGCUGCGACGCCGCGAGCUCCAUCUCUUGGAUCCACGCCUGGACCGUUUCGCAUGGGAUAAUUACUCAGGUGAGGGAGUACUCGAACACUUCUCUCACCGUCACGAGGAUCGGUAACGUCUUCGCUGGACGAACGGCUGAGAUUAAGCCGUCGCAUUGCCUUUCCGUUUGGGAAAGCCAGUUCUCGGGUCGGGCUGGAAAAUCCGUUCCGGGUUUGGUUUUAGCGAUUUGA